ACCCUGUACAUCCUACAGGGUAGUGGGUUUAAAAAAUGGAAGUCUCGUUGAUAUUUAAAACUGUUCUCCUUUUGCUAGGUUCUGCGGUAAUAUAUCGCAUUGUGUUAUAUUUGUUGCAUGUGAGGAGAAUAACAGCUAUAUUCAAGGGAGCAAAGGGUCCAGAGAAAUUUCACUGGCUUUUUGGCAGUGUUGUGCACUUCCCUAAAGAUGGACAUGAUCGAAUGCAGUAUUUCCUUGACAUUUGUAAUAAAUACGGAAAGGAACAAGGCUACGUGUUGAUAUGGGGCAUGUUUAAAAAACCACUCGUUAUAGCAUGCAGUCCAAGGAUAAUGGGGAAAAUAUUGAAAAGUAACGAGCCAAAAUCAAGAGGGUUUGUCGGUUUAUAUCGUCUCUUGAUGCCAUGGCUUGGCGAAGGUUUACUUGUGGCCAAUGGAGAAAAAUGGGCGCGAAACAGACGUCUGCUAACCCCUGCCUUCCAUUUCGAGAUACUGAUGCCUUACGUGAAGGUGUUCAACGAAUCGGCGGACAUACUUGUGGAAAAGUUGACAAAAAAGGCGGAAGAAGGCAAAAGAUUUGAGGUAUUCAAUGAAGUAUGUUUAUGUACGCUGGAUAGCAUGCUGAGAUGUGCAUUUUCAUACACGAAAAAUGUGCAAACCGCAGGAGAGACAAAUGAGUAUGUUAAAGCAGUGAAUCGUUUAACUUGUAGAGUCUUCGAAAGAUUUCUGAAGCCAAUUUUGUUGGUUGACUUUUUUUGGAAUCUUACUAAAGCCAGUCGACAGUAUAAAAAGGAUUGUGAAUUUGUUCAUACAGUGUCAGAAGAAAUUAUUGAUAAGCGUCAACUUGAACUGGAAACAGGAAAGCCCGAAGAGCGACGGUAUGUUGACUUCCUGGACAUUCUUCUGAAGGCAAAGGACGAAGAUGGCAACAAACUUACACGAUUAGAAGUAAGGAAUGAAGUUGAUACAUUCUUAUUUGAAGGUCAUGAUACGACAGCCAGUGCCAUUUCGUGGAUACUUUAUUCCCUUUCGGAAAAUGACGAAUGUCAACGGAAAUGUCAAGAGGAAAUAGACGAACUUUUAAGAGACAGAGAUAGCAACGAUAUUGAAUGGUCAGAUUUGGGUAAAUUGGAGUAUCUCACGAUGUGUAUUAAAGAAGGAAUGCGUCUUCAUGCACCAGUACCGAUUGUCAGUCGUGAUAUAGAACACGACUUUGAUCUUGGUGACCGUAUUGCACCUAAAGGGACACUGAUUCAGAUCAACAUUUGGGCAUUGAAUCACAUGGAGCAUAUAUGGGGAUCUGAUCAUAUGGAGUUCAAACCAGAAAGAUUCUCAAAAGAAAAUAUUGACACAAUGGAAAAUUUCCAGUUCGUGCCAUUUUCAGCUGGACCUAGGAACUGCAUUGGUCAGAACUUUGCAAUGAACGAACUUAAGGUGGUUCUGUCAAAACUCCUAAAACAUUUUACAUUUCGUCUGGAUACAAGUCACGAAGUUAGGAAGAAUCAAGCGGCGGUAAUGAGAACAGAAAAUGGAAUGUACAUGUUCGUUGACAAACGACGUGUCUAGGCAUGCAACUGUUUUGCUGUAUAUAAGAAGAUUAUUGGCUGUUAAAUGAUAAGACACGAAAAGAACAUUAUUUUCUUUUUUUGUAUAAUUAGUUUUGAAAGUUUGUGAAAUUUUGAAAAAAGAAAGGAAAAUGAUUUAUCCUGUUGUAAGAUGCGCGUUUCAAUCAAAUUUGCCGUAAAAGAUGCUAUUAAAGAUCUGUAUUCAAUAAACUUAUAUAAACUUUA